ACUCUGCAUAAAUGGCAGAGACAGCAUUUAGGGAGGAGAAGGGAGGUUUGGUUGCGUGAGCUGUUUCUGCGUUUACUCUCAUAUACCAUCUCUUCACGUGGAGUCUCUCUCUCUCUCUCUCUGAGAUUCUUACUGGAUCUAGCGAUGAGGUUUCUUCCUAGGAAGCCAUGAAAGUCGAGCUAGUUUCAGCAAUCUUCUUGCUCUUCUCUCUCCUAAAGAGCUCUGCUUUAAACUCCGAUGGCGUCCUAUUGAUGAGCUUCAAGUACUCUGUUCUUGUUGAUCCGCUUUCCGUUUUGCAGACAUGGAACUACGAGCUUGAAACUCCUUGUUCAUGGCGGGGCGUGUCCUGUAAUAACGAAUCCAGAGUUGUGACCUUGUCUCUUCCCAAUUCUCAGCUCCUCGGUUCCAUCCCUUCCGAUCUGGGUUCCGUCGAAUUUCUUCAAAGUCUCGACCUUUCCAACAAUUCGCUCAAUGGGUCGUUGCCGGAAUCCAUUUUCACGGCAAGACAGCUUCAGUUUCUGGAUCUCUCCAGUAACAUGAUCUCCGGCCAUGUCCCGGAGACAAUCGGCGAUGUUCACGAUCUUCAGACGCUCAAUCUCUCCGACAAUGCCUUGGCGGGAAAGUUACCCGCCAAUUUGGCGACUCUGACAAACCUGACCACCGUUUCCCUCAACAACAACUACUUCUCCGGCGAGAUUCCCGGCGGCUGGAGAGCCGUUCAAUUCUUGGACCUGUCCUCGAACCUCAUCAAUGGAUCAUUACCACCCGAUUUCGGCGGGGACAGUCUCCGGUACCUGAACGUGUCGUACAACCAGAUCUCCGGCCAAGUUCCUCCGGCGUUCAGUGCCAACAUAGCCGCCAACGCCACCGUCGACCUAUCCUUCAAUAAUCUCACGGGUCCAGUCCCUGAUUCUCCGGUCUUCCUCAAUCAGAAAUCCAACCCUUUCGCCGGAAACUCCGGUAUUUGCGGGUAUCCGACUCGAAACCCGUGUCCGAUACCGUCCUCGCCGUUCAACGCUCCGACUCACACCCCCGCCAUACCGAAGACGAUCGGCUCGAACUCUGCAACUGAUCCCAACGAAACGGCAGAAACCGACAGAAAUCCCGGAACAGGGUUAAGACCGGCGGUUAUAAUCGGAAUCAUUGUCGGAGAUAUCGCCGGGAUCGGGAUCCUAGUCGUGGUUUUCUUCUACAUCUACAGAUACAAGAAGAAGAAGAGCGUGGACGACGCUUUGAGGAAAGAAGCAAAGGACAACAUUUCGUUGCCAUCAUCAUCAUCCUCAUCUCCUGAAGAAUCAAGAAGAUUUGGGACAUGGUCGUGUCUGAAAAAAGACCCGGAAGCGACACCGUCCGAGGAGGAGGAGGAGGAAGAAGACGAAGAACAGUACGGUCAAGCAAAUCAACGGCGGGGAAAGAACUGGGAAAACAAGAGAGGGACAUUGGUGACCGUUGAUGGAGAGAAGGAGCUUGAGAUAGGGACAUUGCUCAAGGCCUCGGCUUAUAUUCUUGGAGCCACUGGCUCGAGUAUAAUGUACAAAGCCGUGCUCGAGGACGGUACCGCACUGGCGGUCCGGCUCGGGGAGAACAGGGUGGCUCAGCGGCGGUUCAAGGACUUCGAAGCACAUGUCCGAGCCAUUGGCAAGCUGGUUCACCCCAACUUGGUCGGUCUACGUGGCUUCUAUUGGGGCACCGACGAAAAGUUGGUCAUUUACGAUUUUGUCCCCAACGGCAGCCUCGCCAACGCUCGCUACAGAAAAGGAGGGUCAUCGCCGUGUUAUCUACCGUGGGAGACACGGCUCAAGAUAGCAAAAGGUGUGGCACGUGGGCUGACUUACCUCCACGAGAAGAAGCACGUGCAUGGAAAUCUUAAGCUCAGUAACGUGCUCUUGGGCCUAGAUAUGGAGCCCAAAAUUGGGGAUUUUGGGCUUGAAAGGCUUCUAACGGGCGAAACCAGCUAUAGCCGAGCAGGUGGGUCGUCUCGGAUAUUCAGCAGCAAGCGAUCCACGAUGUCUUCACGAGAGGUCGCGUCUUCUGGGCCGACACCGAGCCCAAGCCCAAGUUCGGUGGGGCCCAUAUCACCGUAUUGCGCCCCGGAGGCACUCAGGAGCCUGAAGCCGAGCCCGAAAUGGGACGUGUUCGCGUUCGGAGUGAUACUGCUGGAGCUGGUGACGGGGAAAAUUGUGGCCGUGGACGAGAUAGGGCUGACGGUGGAGGACGGGAAGAGGGCAUUGAGGAUGGCUGACGUGGCGAUAAGGGGUGAGUUGGAGGGGAAAGAGGAGUUUCUGAUUGGCUGUUUGAGAAUGGGUUAUAGUUGUGCAUCUCCUCUUCCUCAGAAGAGACCGAACAUGAAAGAGGCUUUGUCGGUUCUUGACAAGUUCCCUUCUUCUGCCAAAUCUCCAUCCUUCCAUUAUGGACACUAAACCCUUUAAAAUGAUAGUUUUUUUCUUAUUUUUUUUUUACUAAUUCGAACCCUCUAGCUGAAUCAGAAGUAUAUACAUGAACCAGAACCCCUCCUCUCCUUUUUUUUUCUGUUUUUUUUUAAACCUGUGUAUUGUUGUCUUCUUGGUUUGGUUUGGUGUCUUGAAGUUUGAAAGUUUACACUUAUUUGUUUUUUGUGGGUGUCACUGAAGUGUUUGUUUACUAUAAUCAUAUUUUUAGUUAUUA